UCUCUUCACAGGAUUGACAAUGCGGCACUCAGUGCGCAUGCGCCAGUUUACAGGAAGCGUUAACAUUUUCUUAAACCAGCUGAUAGCCAAAUUGUCAACAGUGCGGUGCGAUACUCGCGUUGCUGAAACGACAGUAUAUACGGGUGAAGAGAGGUCAAGACACCAUCACCGAGACUUGACUACACUGUGUUUGGAAGGCAGUGUAAGUGCCUGAUAUCCCAGAAGCACCUAUACCUACUCCAGGGAGGAGGCCCAGCCCCCCUGCCGUCUCCUACGCGGGCCGGUAUGAGCUCCAGAGGGAGUGGAGGCCGCUCCAACGGCACACUACCACAAACCAAGAUCUGCCAGUUUAAGUUGGUGCUCCUGGGUGACAUGGCUGUGGGCAAGUCCAGCCUGGUGCUGCGUUUCGUCAAGGGACAAUUUGACGAGUUCCAGGAGACAACCAUAGGAGCUGCAUUCCUGGCUCAGUCGGUGUGUCUAGAUGAUACCACAGUGAAGUUUGAGAUCUGGGACACUGCAGGACAAGAGCGAUACCAUAGCCUGGCUCCUAUGUACUACCGUGGUGCUCAGGCUGCUAUCGUCGUCUUUGACAUCACCAAGCCGGAGACUUUUGAGAGAGCCAAGGCCUGGGUGAAGGAGCUGCAGAGGCAGGCCAGUCCCAACAUUGUUAUUGCCCUGGCCGGGAACAAGGCUGACCUGGCAGAGAGGAGACUAGUAGAGUACGAGGAAGCCCAGACAUAUGCUGAAGACACUGGCUUGCUCUUUAUGGAGACCUCUGCCAAGACAGCUAUGAACGUCAAUGAGCUCUUCCUGGCCAUUGCAAAAAAGAUGCCAAAAACAGACACCCAAAACCCUACACAUGCAGCGCGACAUCGGGGAGUCAACCUCCAGGACCCAGAUGCCCACUCUACCCGAGCCUGCUGUGGUGGGAACUAGACCUCCACAACUCCCACCAAUAUUUCACCAUCCACGCCACCACAGCCCUUCAACCAUCCAGUCUCCUUCAACCAACUUACAGGGGCGGGCCUGAUGCGGGGAAACCCAGUAUCCAUUCACCCCCUUACCCCCCAUUCAUCCUCCUGUCCAAGCAGACAGAAAUUCAGAGACAGAAAAUCAAAGGAGAGAAUAAGAGGAAAGGAAGAGCAAGCAGAAAUGGAGGAGGAAGAUGCAAUGUUUCACAUAUGAGAUUCUGCAUUUGGAAUUUACAAGGGGAGGUAUAGUGAAGACUGAGAUUGAGAGGAGGGAAAUAAAGAAUGUGGAAGACAUUGGCAAGCCUGUUGUAGUACUUAGCACUAAUUGUGAAUUUUCUUUCGUUUUCAUUUUGCCUUGCAUCAUUUCAGUCACAGCUCUGGAUGCACAAAAUGAGCAGCACACGCUGGCGAGUGGCCGGGAAAGGAGAAAAAACGGCCAAGACAUAAAUACAGAAACCAAAUGGUUAAGUUGUGGCUGCUUUCUUCUUCUCCUUUGUCAGAGCUUGUCUGCUUGCUUUGCCUCCUCCUAGUCUUGAAUCAGUCAAAUCCUGCUGUGAAUAAUGCCACAUAUUGUACCCCUGGAAUGAUCCCAAAAUUCGUAAUCCCUCUGUCCUGCUUGACCUUCCCUGGCACUGUCCAGGCCCCAUUAGAUAAGACCCAUGGCACAGUCUGCCUAACAUAAGUCAAUUUGUACGUAUUUAUUGUCCAGUGUUUUGGCUUCUAACUGCUGGUAGUGAUGCUCCAGUGUCUCACUGCUUCUCCUUUUAUCCAGAUAGAAACUCAUGCUUUAUGUGAGCCAAACAUUUAAACUUCUACAAAAGGUCUGAUUUAAUGGGACCGUUUGUCUUUACAAGAUUGAUGAUUUCACAUUGUCUUUCUCAUAGACACAUUUGGUCCGACAGACUUGCUCGUUUAAUGAAAGAUUGAAGUGCAGUGUUCAAAUAUUUUGCGUUUCACCGCCUUGCUUGAGUGCUCAUAAGGAAAAAUGUUGAGCACCACAGGCUGUAGCUCUUUACAGCAACAAUAUAGACUUGAUAUGGAGUGUAUGUAGUCACAUGACUUAAAUAUUGCGAUGUAUGGCAGGAAACUGUUAGCUCUAACUAAUUACAUGUCUGUGGCAGAGAACAUAUCCCCCAAACCCAAAGAAAGUAGUAUUGCAUCAAAUACUUAAGUCUCUGUUUUGAAUAAAUAGCUUAAUCUCAUUUUUCAAUUAUUACAGUGAGUGAUAAUUAUAUUGGUGUCUAUGGGAUCAAAUAACGUAAUCAUGUUCCCAUAGGCAUUUAGGAAUUGAAAGUGAAACUAAGCAAGUAAACUAAGGGGGGGGGGGGCGCCUUUUUCCAAGCUUUGUCUGAGGGGAGGCCCACAGACUUUGAAAAUCACUGUCGCCAAAUGCUUGCUCAUGGUGGGAUUUGUUGGGUCUCUGUAAAUAAUAUAAAGAGUACAGUCUACACCUGCUCUAUAGGAAAAGUGCAAUGAGAUAACUUCUGUUAUGAAUUGGCACUAUAUAAAUAAAAUUGAAUUGAAAAUCCCUAAGAUAAAUUAUUGGGGUCCAGUGUCCUCGCAGAAAAACUGUUCAGGACCGAAUGAAAGGCAGGAAGAUCAGAAAAUAUGAGAUUUGUAAUAAACCUGUACCAUGCUCUGUAAGAAAAAAAUCUGCCCAUCUUGUGUUUAAUGUGUCCCUCAUCUGUCCCUUGUCCUAAGGCUAAGUUGUUGAUCUUCAAUGGUUUUACUGAUUCAUUUAACUUAAUAUGAUGCUCUUAAAACAGAGUUGUGUGCUUGGUUGCUGUCCAAGGCUUGACUGAAGAAAAUGAGGACAGAAUUGAUGAAAACACAAAAAAAACAGAAGUGCCUAUUCCCAGUUUUCUUUUUCUGUGAAUCAUGUUUGGGGCUUUCUUUAAGUGUGUGCUUCAUCUGCAAAGUGCAGGGAAACUAUUUCCCUGACAUUGGCUUGUACUAUAGACCAAUAACUUGGCACCCUGUCAUUACGCUAUAUACUGUAUUGGAUGUAAAGAGAUCUUGUUGAAUACACUGUAUGUUAUAUAUUGUCUUAAUUUUAAUGAGUGUGUAUAUUGAUUUUAACAGAGCACACCUGUGAACCUGGAAUGGAUCAUUUAAAAAAAAAAAAAAAAAAAAAAAAAAAAAAAAGACUAAUCAAUGUUAUAAAUCUGUUUGAUUUAAACAAAUAUUGGUGUCCAGGAAAAUCUUUUCUUCUGCUUUAUUUUCAGAUUCACAUGCAUAUUAAGGCAUUUAAUAAAAAUAUGGUGAACUAAUUAAGAGUCUCAAAAUAAGAUUGGCAUUUGAAGUACAAUGCCGUUUUCAAAUAAAAAAAAAAAAAAAAGGUACAAAAUGCCCCCACCCCAAAGGACACUAACAGCUCAUUAUAUACAUUGAACAGCAUUCACUUACUCAUUGUUCAGUGAUCACAAGUAGGUUCAGUGUUCUGUGCAGUUAAGAUGACAAAGGUAAUUAAAACAAGAUGUGAUUUUUCAUCAGCACCUUGAGUAUGUAUAGUGUUCAAUAAAGCUGUGAAUGGCGCUUUGAGUGCAGAA